ACGACUGUCUUCCCGAACGCCCCUUCUGCACGCACCCCGGGCCGGUCUCCUGACCCAGCGAUGGAUUCACCUGUGAACCUAACCUAUUUUUUUCUCUCCACCCCCGCCCCUUCGGAGACCAACCGCAGCAGCCUUGACGCCGAAGACCCGCGCCCCAGCCCGCCCCUCCACUCUGUCUUUGGUGUGCUUGUUCUGACCUUGCUGGGCUUUCUGGUAGCUGCGACGUUCUCCUGGAACCUCCUGGUACUGGCGACCAUCCUCCGUGUGCGCACCUUCCACCGGGUUCCGCACAACUUAGUAGCGUCCAUGGCCAUCUCGGACGUGCUCGUGGCGGCUCUGGUCAUGCCGCUGAGCCUGGUGCAUGAGUUGUCCGGCCGGCGCUGGCAGCUGGGUCGGCGGCUGUGCCAGCUGUGGAUCGCGUGCGACGUGCUCUGCUGCACCGCCAGCAUCUGGAAUGUGACCGCCAUCGCGCUGGACCGCUAUUGGUCCAUCGCGCGUCACCUGGAAUACACGCCCCGCGCCCGCAAGCGCAUCUCCAAUGUUAUGAUCGUGCUCACCUGGGCACUCUCCGCGGUGAUCUCGCUGGCGCCGCUGCUCUUCGGCUGGGGGGAGACGUACUCGGAGCGCAGCGAGGAGUGCCAGGUGAGCCGCGAGCCCUCCUACACCGUGUUCUCCACCGUGGGCGCCUUCUACCUGCCGCUCUGCGUGGUGCUCUUCGUGUACUGGAAGGUCUACAAGGCCGCCAAGCUCCGCGUGGGCUCCAGGAAGACCAACAGCGUCUCACCCUGGCCGGAGGCUGCGGAGGCAAAGACCCCUGCGCAGCAGCCCCAGAUGGUGUUCACCGUCCGCCACACCACUGUCACCUUCCAGACAGAAGGGGACACGUGGAGGGAACAGAAGGAGCAGAAAGCUGCCCUGAUGGUGGGCAUCCUCAUCGGGGUGUUCGCGCUCUGCUGGCUGCCCUUCUUCACCACGGAGCUCAUCGGCCCUCUCUGCUCCUACGACAUCCCCGCCGUCUGGAAGAGCAUCUUCCUUUGGCUCGGCUACUCCAACUCCUUCUUCAACCCGCUCAUCUACACAGCGUUCAACAAGAACUAUAACAGCGCCUUCAAGAACUUCUUUUCUAGGCAACACUGAGCGUGAGGCCUGGGCAGGAAGGGACAAGAUCCUCGAACUCAGUGAAAUUUCCAGCUCCGUCUGCUUCCCCGUCCCUACCCAUGGACCCCUUCCACAUGCAAGAGGCACGUCCUCCAGGCUCUCCUGGGUCAUCUGCAGAACUAGCCCUCACUUCCCCACUCCUAGGUAGGAAUGUGGUCUUCAUAGGCAGUUUGGGUGCCCUUUUUUUUUCUUUUUCUUUUACAAUUUUUUUAAA